UUUCUUCUUCUCUCUUCUUCAACCGCACCGCCUUGUUUACUUAUCUUCUUCUUCCUCCUCCUUCGAGUCGGUCGGUGGAUCUUUGUUCUCUGUGUUGUUUUUCAUUUGGUAGAUUUCGUCAAUGAUUGGCUUCUCGCGAUUCGUUUUUCGCGGCUGGUGUUCUUAAUCAUCUCUUUUGAGGGAAUGAUGGAGGAAGGAUCAGUAGGGGAUGUGAGUAGGAUUGAUGAAGAUGAUGUUGCUCACCUCCAAUUUAAGAAUGUUGACCAAUCGUUUAAACCGGAAAACUGUGAAAUCAGGGAAAUCAAAGAAGUGCAGGUUGAGAGAGAUGCGGGAUCUCCUGAUUGUUCGUAUGGUGUAAUAGCAGAUUUUUUGAAUGGUAAGAAUGGUGAUCCUUUGGACCGAAUAGAAAAUACACCAUGUUCUUCUAGCCGGCUGAAUACAAAUGAUGCGGGCGACGUUGUUGAGGAGUUGACUGUUAAAACUUGUGAAGGAUUGAGCAUGGACAUAGUUGGUAUACCAAGUAGUAGGGCUAGAUUAGAGAUGAAUCGCAGUCAGUUUAUGCAACGCUUUCCUCUAGAUGGUGGUUUCCCUGGUAGCAGUUCUAUGAGUAAGAAGGAAAUUGACAGGGGAACACCAAGCAUCUGGAGAGUUGCAGGCAAAAUGACUUUGCCAGAGAAUUCGACUGGUCAACUGGCCAUUGCUGUUAAUGGUGAAGCUAAUGAACAUUUGACAAAUGUUGAACGAAAUCCUGUACCAGUAGAGGCAUUGUUCCACGAAGGCAUCAAGACAAAGAGUAUAUCGCAGUCAGGGUUUUCUCAGUUUUUUGUUAGGAAAACAUUGAAAGGCAAGGGAAUCACAGUCAGAGGCCCGCCACACAAUAAAUCAAAAGCUACCAAUGUGGAUCCGCAAACUCUAGCUAGUUCUGGCCCUUCAGUAAUAUCAAAUACUUCAGCAAAUGUUUCUAGCAGCAUCCCUUUGGCGGCUUAUGAUAGUUUGCCGCGCUUGCCUUCCAAUUCUAGUAAACCAUCUUCUUGUGCUAACCCUUCAGAUAUACAUAACGGUUGUGGAGGUGAAGGUUUAAGUCUGAGAGAAUGGUUGAGGUUGGAGCGGCAGGAAGUUAAUAAAGCAGAAUGUAUGUAUAUCUUUAGGCAGAUUGUGGAUCUUGUGGAUUGCUUUCAUUCUCAAGGAGUUGUUUUAUGUGACCUACGCCCAUCUUUAUUCAAAAUUUUCAAAGAAAAUGCAGUCAAGUAUGUCGGUUCAGGUUCUCAACAAGAGUCUUUUGACAGAAACAUGAACAAAGAGACUGUAAGUCAACUCGAAAACCCUCUGGUUAGAAGGCGGUCAGGAGAUUGUACUAUUCCCUGUAUCCCUGCAAAGAAGCAGAAAUCAGGUGGACCAAGCUCGAGAAAGUGGCCUAUGUUUCAACGAGCUGGUGGCGUAAAUAUCCAAACUGAAAAUGGUGACGGUACAAUACAUGAGUUUCAUUCCAAAUCUAGCCAACCUCAUUGUAGUACAGCUACCCGUCCUUCUACUUCUAUGAGUGAUCAGUUGGAAGAGAAAUGGUAUGCGAGUCCCGAGGAGCUCAGGGGUGAAACUCGCUCAGCCUCUUCAAACAUCUAUAGUUUGGGUAUUCUUCUUUAUGAGUUGCUUAGUCAAUUUCAAUGUGAAAGAGCUCGCGAGGCUGCAAUGUCUGACAUCCGACAGCGAAUUCUUCCUCCCAAAUUUCUCUCAGAGAAUCCAAAGGAAGCUGGGUUUUGUCUUUGGUUACUUCAUCCAGAAUCUUCAUCCCGACCAUCAACCAGGGACAUCUUACAAUCUGAAGUGGUCAAUGGAAUCCCGGAUUUAUAUGCUGAAGGCUUAUCGUUAUCCAUUGAACAAGAGGACACAGAGUCUGAACUGCUGCAGCAUUUCCUUUUUAUAUCCCAAGAUAAGAGGCAGAAGCAUGCUGGGAAGUUAAUGGAAGAAAUUGGGUCCUUAGAAGCAGAUAUUGAAGAAAUUGUCAAGAGACGCUGUGCCCUACGGCCUCUGUCUCUGCAAGAAGCUUCUAGCUUAUCUCCUGCUUCUAGUGUACCUGAAAUGAGACUGAUCAGGAACAUUAAUCAGCUUGAAAGCGCUUAUUUCGCAUCAAGGAUAGAUGCCCAUCUCCCUGAAGCACGCUACAGGUUACGCCCGGAUAGAGAACUGCUAAGAAAUUGCGAUAAUACUGUAGCAGAAGUAGAAAACAGCGAGACUUGGAGCUCAGAUGAUCGUGUAGGAGCGUUCUUUGAUGGAUUAUGCAAAUAUGCUCGAUAUAGUAAGUUUGAAACUCGCGCUGUGCUGAGGACCAGCGAGUUGAACAACACUUCAAAUGUGAUUUGUUCUCUGGGAUUUGAUCGGGACGAGGAUUAUUUUGCUACGGCUGGUGUGUCUAAGAAAAUUAAGAUAUUUGAGUUCAAUUCCCUAUUCAACGAAUCUGUCGACAUUCAUUAUCCAGCUGUAGAAAUGCCAAAUAGAUCAAAGCUUAGCGGCGUUUGCUGGAACAACUACAUCAGGAACUACCUAGCUUCCUCUGAUUAUGAUGGUAUUGUCAAGUUAUGGGAUGUGACAACAGGACAGGCCAUUUCACAUUUCAUAGAGCACGAGAAGAGGGCUUGGUCUGUUGACUUCUCUGAAGCUUGUCCGACAAAAUUAGCCAGUGGUAGCGAUGAUUGUUCUGUGAAGCUAUGGAACAUCAAUGAGAGGAACUGCUUAGGAACAAUUAGGAACAUUGCAAACGUGUGUUGUGUGCAAUUUUCUCCACAGUCAUCUCAUUUGCUAGCCUUUGGAUCAUCAGAUUUCAGAACGUACUGCUAUGAUCUACGAAAUUUAAGAACUCCUUGGUGUAUACUGUCAGGACACAACAAAGCAGUUAGCUACGCAAAAUUUUUGGAUAAUGAAACCCUUGUCACUGCAUCGACUGAUAACACGCUAAAGCUUUGGGAUCUUAAGAAAACCACUCACGGUGGCCUCUCAACAAAUGCUUGCAGCUUAACUUUUGGUGGCCAUACAAAUGAGAAGAACUUUGUUGGCUUGUCUACUUCGGAUGGAUAUAUAGCUUGCGGCUCUGAGACAAACGAGGUUUAUGCCUACCAUCGGUCUCUUCCAAUGCCCAUUACCUCGUACAAAUUUGGUUCUAUUGAUCCUAUAUCAGGUAAGGAGAUUGAAGAGGACAACAACCUAUUCGUUUCAAGUGUUUGCUGGAGAAAACGAUCGAACAUGGUUGUUUCAGCUAGCUCAAAUGGAUCUAUCAAAGUUCUACAGUUAGUCUGAAUCAUAUAUACAUACAGAAGAAGCUUCAGUAUAUCAACCCAAGUCCCUAGUACGAUGUUGAGUACCCAAGAGAUAUGAUCAAGUCUUCAAUCUAACGUACAGUGUUGGGAUUAUUAUAAGAUAGUUAUCUAUGUUUCUGCUGGAGUUUGACCUCAAAAGAGGUAAUGUGAAUGAGAGAGAGGAGCUAUACUUGCGAUGGUUGGUCUUUUGAUCAGUGGUUAGGGUUGAUACCGCUGAUUGGGUAAUGGGUAUACGUAGUAAGGUUAAAAGACCUUUCUUUUGGUGUUGUUCUAAGGUUUUUUUUGUUGGCUCCUAAAAUAAGAUUUCACUUUGUGAUGUAAAUUUGCUGCUCCUAUAGUUUCUAAAGGUAAAAGACCAUAUCCUGAUGUAUAUAUAUAGUGAUAUGAGCUUUAGUCCUACUCCUACAGAUGAAUCUCCUCCAAGAAAAAGGUUUUUCUUUUUCUCAGAUAUAUAUUUUUUGGAUUUUGUAAUU